AUGGAAUUGUUUUCAUUAACUACCAAUACAACAAUAACUGGCUUACGAUGGCAUGCGUAUCCAAUUGGCUUUUUUCUAGUGUUACUAUGUUUAUUCACUAUAAUAGGAAAUUUUUUAAUAAUCUAUCUUGUAAUUCGUGAAUCUACAUUACAUACAUCGAAAUAUUAUUAUAUUGCAUCAUUAGCAUUUGCUGAUCUCUUAGUCGGAUUAAUAGUGAUGCCUUUUGCAUUUAUAUUUACAAUGACAGAUGAUGAAUAUUGGUUGUUUCCACGACAUUUAAGAUUUAUAUGUGAGUUUUGGCAUUCGAUAGAUAUAUUUGCAUCAACAGCAUCUAUAUAUGGACUGUCCGCUAUUGGAUUAGAUCGAUACGUAGCUAUUACAAAGCCAAUGAAAUAUCCAAAUUCAUUUAUAUCAAAGAGAUGGUAUUAUGUGUUAUCAUUCAUAUGGAUAUUUUCAGCAGUAAUAUCAUUUCCAGCAGUAAUUCAUUUUGGAACAGAACGAUUGCUUUCUCGACGAUCAACUGUGACAAAUCAAACAAUAUCGACACCUUCUCUACUAUCAAAAGAAUGUGAAUUUCCGAACAAUCCGUAUUAUAUAUUAUUCACAACUAUGGUAUCAUUUUAUUUGCCAUUAAUCGUUAUGAUUUAUGUUUAUAUUCAAGUGUAUUUGGCAGCUAAAAGACAAGCUUUAGCAAUUCGUUCAGGUUACAUACGUCCGUACUUGAUUCAAUCUGCAAAAUCAUGGAUUCCAAAAUUUCAUUUGACACAAACUUUAACUGAGAAAAGACCAAGAAUGAAAAAACCAGUGAAAAUUUCUUAUAAAAGUGUACAUGAAAAAUCAGACAUGCUAUUACAGAAUCGUAGACUGCCACGUGAAUUACUAACACUUCGUAUUCAUUAUGGCUCAUAUCAAUAUCCAACUAUAGAAUCAACUAAUCAGAAUCACGAACAUGAUAGUAAAUUUCUCCAUAAAGUUCCAAGACAAUAUGUACGACGAAGAAAUUUCUGGAGACGAAUUUCGAAAGAUCAAAAAGCAACUAAAUUUAUCGGCAUUGUUAUGAGUGCAUUUAUUGGUUGUUGGUUGCCAGUCUUUGUUUAUCUCACAUUGAGUGGUGUUUUUGGUUUGCGUUUGAAAGAUGAUCAAAAUCAUGAAUUAUUAUUCAACAUACUUACAUGGUUAGGCUAUGCGAAUUCGGCAUUGGAUAUUCUUGUUUAUGUUUUCACUUCUAAAGAAUUGAGAACCAUAUGUUUAAAAGUAUUUUCUAAGUCAUCACACUAG